AUGCCUAAACGUUAUCUUGUGAUAUAUUGCAUUCUUAUUUCCAGUGUGAUUAUUUUAUCGUGGAUUAGAGAAGCUCAUUCAGGUCAUUCUGAAAAACGUCUAUUGAAUUAUCUAUUCGACAAAACGAGAUGGGAUGCACACAAUCCAAUGGAACGUCCUGUUUCUAUCGAUGGAAAACCAGUACAAGUCUUCCUUAAAUGUUUUCUAAAUCAAAUUAUGGAUAUGGAUGAAAAGAAUCAAAUUUUGUCAACAAUCAUGUGGCUUGAUAUAAAAUGGACAGAUUAUCAUUUCCAAUGGAAUUUAAGCGAUUAUGAAAAUAUCAGACAGAUAAAUUUACCUCAAGAAAGAAUGUGGAAACCUGAUAUCCUACUAUACAACAGCGCUAGUGAAAAAUUUGACCAAAUGUUCCCCACUAAAGUGACAGUAAGAAAUAAUGGACAGAUUCAAUGGGUUCCACCGGGUCUCUUUCAUUCAAUAUGCGAUAUUGAAGUCAAUUGGUUCCCUUUUGAUUCUCAGAAUUGUAUUUUGAAAUUUGGUACAUGGACGUAUCAGGGGAAUAAAGUUGAUUUAAAGCUACAAUGUGAUAAUGAAACUGGUGAAGAUAAACCUUGUCAUUAUGUAAAUGAAGUUGAUUUAUCUACCUAUUUAGCUAAUAGUGAAUGGGCUUUAGAAAAGGGUUUAGUAAAACGAAAUAUUCAAACUUAUGGUAGUGAUGAUCAAACGUAUAUCGAUGUGACUAUAAAUGUUUAUAUGCAACGUCGUGCUCUUUACUAUGUGUUCAAUAUUAUAAUACCGUGUAUGAUAAUGUCAGUCAUGGCAUUGCUUGUAUUCACUCUACCACCUGAAGCGAAUGAGAAAAUUGUACUGGGCGUGACUACUCUGCUUUCAUUGACUAUGCUGUUACAGCUUGUCGGCGAUAAACUACCUCAAACAUCAUCAGGCAAUCCUGUACUUGUUUUGUACUUCACGUGUACAAUGAUCUUGUGUUCGCUUUCAUUGGUCUGUGCUGUGGUUCUGUUAAACUGUCAUCAUCAUACUGGUGGAAUUGUUUAUGUUCCAUGGUGGGUUGAAACACUGAUCAACACGUGGUUAGCAAGUCUUCUUCGCAUAGAUCAUAAUUCACCUGAAGAAAAUGUAUACGCUUCAAAGGAGAAAUUAAUUCCUAAGCAUCGUCGUGUGCAUUCUAAUCUAGCAGACUGUAAUAAUAAUAAUAAUGAGAAUACUGUAUACAAUAAAUCAAUAGGUCGAAUAAAAAAACAACCAAUCAGAGCUAAUCGUAAAUCGAAAACUUUAACCAAUGACAGUCGAGAUGAUAGCUUAAAUUCUUCUACAAAAAAUACACCAAUUUGGUCAAAUGUAAUCGAUAUGAAUUCAGAAUUUCGUCCUGCUGUACUAAUUCAUCAUAAAACGGUAGCGCCUCAGUUAAAUUCUCCUCAACACAAUGUAGUAGUUAGGCAGAAUCAUUUCGUUGAACCCCAACAACAACAGCAAGUCAAGUUAAGAAAUUUAUCUACAAGACAAUUGAAUAGAUUCUUUUCUCAAGAAGAAGACGAGGAAGUAGCAGCAACAGCAGUAGGUGGGAUGAGAAGUGGAGUAAGCAGUCGACUGGAGUAUGCUUGCAAUAGGAGUGCGUCUGUGAAAUAUGGCUAUUCGAAUAAAGAAAACAUUCGAAUGUCUAUACCUGCUAAUACAACCAAUGCAAUAAAUGGCCAAUUAAUAAAAUCCACCAAAUAUUUGGAUAAAACACUUCCAAGAUUCCACAUACCUUCAGCUUGCGCUUCUUCCGCUUCGGCUUCCGCUUCUGCUUCCCCAUCUUCAUCUCCAUCAUCUUUGACUGAGUCGAGGAUUAAUCUUUCCCCAGAAAAGUCUAAACAAUGGUCAGACACACUGUUUUCAUCUCCAAGUAAAACAGAUGAUCAAAGUUUCAACAGUCCAUUGAAACAGGAUAGUUAUCAUACUGAUGAUCUCCUCCUGUUAAAAUUAAAACAAAUAUCUAAAGAAUUACGUUUUAUUACCUCAGGUAUGCAUAUUAAAGAUCAAGAGGUGAAAACAUCAAACCAAUGGCGUUUAGCCUGUCGUGUACUGGAUCGUUUCUGUCUGCUGGUGUUCGCUGCUUUAAAUCUAUUCACUACACUAGGCAUUUUAACCUCUGCACCGACUGUGAUUAAAGCGUUCACAUUUAAAGGGGAACCAUCAAGACCAAUGUAGGUGUGAUGAGGAGGGAUGUUGGCUGCUGCUCUAAGGUCUCAUGCUCGUGUUUCAUCGCUUUAUUAUUGUUAUUAUUAUUAUUACUGUUAUUGUUAUUAUAUUGGUGUUCUAUUGAAAUUUAUUCAAUAAAACUUGCCUUUUGUUUGUCUGAUUUAUUUACACAAUAUGAAUGAUAUUCUGUUUAUGUGAGUAUUUCGCUAAAAUAAUGAUUAAAAAAGUUUUAUUCUUCCUCUAAUUUCUUAUUUUUUUAAAUUAUUAUUAUUCCCUUGGGUUCCGAGUGGAAUAUAGGCUGUCAGUAGUACAACUCCAU